AUGGUCCUGAUGAUCUGCGUCAAGCGCUCGACGCCCGCGCUCAAGACGCUCGGCCUCCAAGCCCGUGGCAUGGCCACCGAGAAGCAGAUCCUCCAGCGCAUCACCGGCACGUCGAACAUCGCCAAGAUCACCAAAUCCAUGAAGAUGGUGUCUGCCGCCAAGAUGCGCGGCGCGGAGAACCGCAUGACCGCUGGUCGGCCGUUCACUGCGUGGCUGGACAACGUCCAGGGCGGUCGGGACCGCACCAUUGAGACGGACGGCAUUGCGCCCGUGGAGGAGCUCGAAGGCGACAACGUCUUUGUCGUCGUGUCGUCGGACCGCGGGCUCUGUGGCGGCAUCAACUCGGGCAUUGCCAAAACCACUCGCAAACAAGUGGCGGACAUCCAGGAGCACGCGCAGAUCUUUGUCAUUGGCGACAAGGCCCGUGCCCAGCUGCGCCGUGACCUCGGCGACCACAUCCGUGGCAACGUGACGGAAGUGUACCAGUCGCCUCCGAACUUUACAGUGGCCAGCGCGAUCGCUGAGGCAGUGAUCGCCUCGUCGGCCAAUGCCGAGUCGGAGAAGGUGCACGUCGUGUACAACAAGUUCAAGUCGGCGAUCUCGUACCUGCCGUCUGUGCGCUCGCUGGCGGUGCAGCCGGACUCGGACGCGUUCGACUUGUACGAGAUGGAGCCCGACAACAAGGACGAGCUGCUGGCGGACCUCAAGGAGUUUGAGAUUGCCACGGCCAUUUUCCAGGGCAUGCUCGAGAACUCGACGAGCGAAGAGUCGUCGCGCAUGGCGGCCAUGGAGAACGCCACGACGAACGCCGAGGACCUCAUUGGCUCGCUCACGCUCGUGUACAACAAGGCUCGCCAGGCCCGUAUCACCACGGAGCUCAUUGAAAUCAUUUCGGGUGCCGCGUCGCUGGACGGGUAA